ACAUUUUAUUUUUAAAUUACAAUACACAAUUUUAUAUCUAAAACAGCUUGUUAUUGUUAUGUGACAGAUGCAGUUAACUUUAACGAUGUAUUUUGAUAAAAUAUUGUGAAAUACUUAAGCCAAGAAUUUUCUUAAAGACCAUGAAAUUUCCUCAAAAGCUUUGGGAGAUUAUCAAUAGUUGUGAGACAAAUGCAAUUCAAUGGAGUGACAAAGGAUCAACUAUUCUUAUCGAUUAUAGUAAUUUCCAAGAUCAGUAUCUUAGAUCUGGUAGUUCUAUCUUCAAGACAAGAAAUAUUAAUAGUUUUGUGAGACAGCUAAAUAUGUAUGGUUUUCGCAAAGUAACAUCAGCUUAUCGAGAUCCUGUAUGGAACUUGCAUAAUCCCAAUAUUCAUGAAUUUUAUCACAAAAAUUUUUGUGCCACCAGAAAACAUUUGUUGGUUGAUGUUGUAAGGAAAGCUAAGCAUUCCAAAAAACUUAGCAAACAUUUCAUGAUUGACCAUCAUUCAUCUUCACAUGCAGAAAAUAAAUUUUCUGCUGUAUCAAGUGACCUUUUGUUCCAAAACAAGCCUGGUGAAUCAAUCGCUGCAAAAUACUAUUUAAGUGUAAAACAGAACAAACCUGAAGAGAUGUGCUUUGUUCACACAUCUGAAACAUCAAAUGCAAGAUUAGCAGUAGCACGGACUGCAUUACGAAAAGCAUUAGAGGAUGCAUCAGCAAAGAGUUUACCUUACAUAUCUUCCUAUAUUAAAGAAGAAUUCUGUGAAGACAAUGAGUUCCUUCCGGGCGAGGCGUCCCCGGAGCUGACAGAGCCGGGCCUGGACAGCGACGCGACCGUCAACUGGGGAGAGAAGAGUGCCUUUCCUCUGCUGCUGAACAAUGCUGAAGACCCGACUUUCCAGAUACCCACCGCAGGUCAUGCCACGACGUUCGACAAACUGCAAGGAACAGCAGCGUGGACUGCCGAAGACUUGCCCCUGCCCGCCGACUUCUCGUUCAACGACAUCGGCCAACACGCGGAGCUGCUGCUGCAGAGCACGAUGAAUUUUCCUACUGAUACUGUCAACAAUGACCAGCAGUUUGGGCAACAGGACGGCAGCACAAUCGCUCACAACUUCAUGGAUCUGAUCGACUUGCCAACUUUCACACUAGCAAACAAGUCUCAAGACUACCUGCAGACUUACACAGCCAGCUAGAUCUACUCUUCAUGUUAGGAAGCCUGUUUAAUAUUCCUCACGACUACAAGUAUCUUCGAAGAAUGUUACGUAUUAGAGCUGAAGAAUUAAGUUUUCUUCACAAUGUAUGCAUGUGAACACUUAUUGCCUCAAAGGUUAAUGUUAACUAAGAAUUUAUAAAUUUUUUUUUGAAAAAUUACAAAUUUAGUAAAAAAUAAUAAGUUGGCUAGUAAAUGGAAGAUUAAACAAAAUAAUAAAAUAUUAACACAGAUUAGUGAUCAACUUUGAAAUGUAAUGAUUGUUACAAAUAAUUUUUAAGUAUUAAAAUAUUUGCACCAGUAAA